AUGAACUCGAGGGUAGCAUUAACAUAUGGGAUGAGCCUCGAGUCGGAAAGCUGCUAUUUGGGAAGACGACCUGUUCUAGAGACAGAUGCUUACCAGCAGUUGAAGGAUGAUUGUCUAUCACUCAAGUCCGAGCUUCUGAAGGAGGUGGCUGGUUACGAGGAUGACAGCAACAGCAGGGGAUGGGCCAAGUCUCAGAGCGUGUGGGCUCAAGUAUCAGACAGCGGUGGAGAUACCAGCAGCAGACAUGUUAGACAACGAACCACCUAG